AUGAUGGCAAACAAUGGCAGCGGUCUUAUCGUUAACAUCAGUUCGGCUGGUGGUCUCAGAUACUUGUUCAAUGUACCAUAUGGAGUUGGAAAGCAAGCACUGGACAGAAUGUCCUCCGAUAUGGCGAUUGAACUCAAGCCGAAAAAUGUCUGUGUGGUGUCCAUAUGGCCAGGAGCUGUCCGCACAGAAUUAAUCACUAAUAUGAUGGAUAUGAGAAAGGAUGAGCGCCUCAAUAUGUUCAGUGACGGUGAAACAACAGAAUAUCCUGGAAAAGCUAUUGUAGCUUUGGCAUCUGAUGAUCGACGAUUGGAAAAGAGUGGCCGAAUUCUAAUAACUGCAGAUAUGGGCAGCGAAUAUGGCUUCCGGGAUACUGACGGUCGCGAUCCGCCAAACCUUCGUAGCCUCACUUUCCUGCUUUCUCAUUCUGGUUAUAAACAGACGGCACAGUGGGUGCCAGCAUGGCUAAAAGUGCCUGGAUGGGUCUUGUGGGGAUCAUCGAGCCGAUUAUAA